AUGCCAAGACACCUCCAAAUUACCCCAUUGUCUCCAAACAAGCAAGGGAGAGUGGUACUAAAGAGCACUUUGAAUUCAAACCAGAAAAGCAUCGAAAUCAAGCUCAUUCAACUCCUAUCAUUCCUCAGCAAAUGGCUGUUCUGUAUCGCUGAUUGCCAGACCCGGAGGCCGCUGGACGAGCACGAAUCUCGCCUCGUAAGCUGGAUUACCGACAUUGUCGAAGAAGGACGAACCUCCGGAGACGAUGAUCUGUGGUCGCGACCCCCAAGUCCCUCCGACUGUGUUUACCUUGGCUAUGCCGUGGCGAAGCUCUGGGCUCGUCUAAUCCGAGGGGAUGAACAGUGGUUGCUCCUGAAGGUGAUUGGUGAUGGGCUUGAUGUUUAUGCUGAUACUUGCGAGCGGAAUUAUGCGCAACCCGAGACUGUCGCCUCAGUGCCUACGUAA